AUGGCUAAUGCCGACAAUGCCGGACUCGACAACCGCGGGCCGUACGUCGACGCGUCGCUCUGGACACUCCAGGCGGUGGCCGGCAUCUUCCUCGGCCUCCGCAUCUACUGCAAAGUCUUCCGCAACCGCGGCCUCUGGUUCGACGACUACUUCCUGCUCGCCUCCUGGGUCCUGCUGGCGGUCAGCGCCUCGGCGACGAGCGCCAACGUCGCCCUCGGCUUCGGCCGCCACUUUGACGAGUUCGACCCGCGCAAUCUCGAGCGCUACGGCAUCUACAGCAUGCUGUCCGGCUUCUUCUCCAUCCUCUCGUCCGUCUUCAGCAAGACGUCCUUUGCCAUUACGCUGCUGCGUCUCACCGACGGCUGGACGAAGCGGCUCAUCUGGGCCAUUAUCGUCUCGCUGCACGUCUUGAUGCCCUUCAGCGCCGCGUUUCUGUUUGUCUCGUGCAGCUCGCCCGUCCAGGUGCACGGCAAGUGCUGGUCGGCCAGCGUGGCCGUCAUCUACGGCAUCGUCGUCGGCUCCUACUCGGCCUUUUGCGACUUGGCGCUGGCGCUGCUGCCGUGGCGCAUCCUCUUGCGGUGCCGCAUGUACCGGCGCGAGAAGAUUGGCGUGGCCCUGGCCAUGUCCAUGGGGGUCUUUGCCUGCGCAACGGGCAUCGCCAAGUCCGCCAUGAUCCCGAGCCUGGGCAACCCCGACUUCACGUACAAGGGCGCCCCCUUUGUUGUCUGGGGCUUCGCCGAGUGCGCCGUGUCCAUCAUGGCCGCCUCGAUCCCGGCCCUGCGCGUUCUCGCCACCGAGAUCCGCGGCGCCUCUACGUUUAUCCAGCGCAUGGCCCCCUCGCUGCGCAUGUCGGGGACCGUCCCUGCCUCCAAGCGGCCCGACAACGACAGCUGCAACAACACGCCCGUCUCCGUGUCGCCGGGGCUGGACCUGGAGAACGGACCUGCUCCGGCCAACACCCGCGCAGACGCCCCUGCCAGCGUCAACGGUCGACGCAACCGGGGACCGCCGCCGCCCUAUGGCUAUGGCUUCCGGGGCAGCGGCUCGGCCGGCCUGUCCUUUCCAUCACGGGCCGCGUCUUCCUCGCAUUCGCGAACGACGCCGGCGUCGUCGGCGCUGCCCAGCGGCAUCAGCAACAAGCCGGGUCUGUCCAAAGCCGGAGGGGCCGUGAUCGGGACGAUCAACUUGGACGAUACCGUCAGCGAGGACGACAUCGAGAUGCACUCUCGACGGCACUCGUACAGUAUGCAAAAUGUGUCAUGA